AUUGAAAUUCAAAAAUUGAUUAAACAAAUUUUGUUGUAUAGAAAAACAAAACAACAAAAAUCUCCGUCGUCCCUGGCAGCAGGCCAAGCGCAACAAGUAACGUCAUUUCCUAUUCCGAUUCAAUCAACCACAACUGGUCAAGAGCUACAAAUUUACAGGAAAUAAAACUACAAAAAAAAAAGUAAAAAUGUUGCUACAAAAAACUUUGGCACGCGCUUUUCAUACCACGCGCCAGUUGUGCAGCGCAGGAGCUGGAUUGGAGAAGAGCGCCCUCUCCACGCUGCGCAAAAAGACAGGGUACACGUUUGCCAACUGCAAGAAGGCGCUUGCAUUGCAUAACAACGAUGUCACACAGGCAGAGAAAUGGCUGCACGAACAGGCUCAAUCGCUGGGCUGGUCUAAGGCCACCAAAUUAUCGGAUCGUGUCACCACACAGGGUCUAGUCGGCAUUCUUGUCAGCGGCAAUCGCGGUGCCAUGGUCGAGCUCAACUGUGAGACGGAUUUUGUGGCACGCAAUGAUACCUUUAAACGCUUUGUGGAUCAUGUAUCACGCAUUGUCUUGCACUACACCGAUCUCACAGAGUUCGACGGCGAUCUGUGGAAGCUUGGCUUCGACGCGGAUGCACUGAAGAACUUGGAGACGCCUCAGGGCGGAUCGCUGGCCGAUCAUCUGGCUUUGCUGAUUGGAGCGAUGGGAGAGAAUGCCAGCAUUAGACGUGCUCUUUGCUUCAAGGUGAACAACGAUUUGAGGCUAGCGGGCUAUGCACAUCCGGCGCCAACGAAUGUCAGUACCACACAGAAUAUCACACAGGUGGGCAAAUACGGAGCGAUUGUUGCCUUCCGCUCGCAGCAGGAUGUCGACGAUCAUGAGAUCCAGAAGGGCAUAUGCCAGCAAAUUGUGGGCAUGAAACCGCUUAAGGUGGGCGAGUAUGGCAAGGACCUACCUGCCGAGAAUAAGGACGAUGAGACAUGCCUCAUACAUCAGGAGUAUCUAUUGGAUGCAGACAAAACCGUUGGCGAAGUGCUCAAAGAGAAUGCCAUCGAGAUUGUCGACUACCAUCGCUUCGAGUGCGGCGAACAGACGCAGCGUGACAUCAAAGAGAUCAUUCGUGCCCAGCAACAAAAUAGCAACUGAAAACCGAUCCUGAAUCUGACGUAGUAUUCAAAUUUAUUUGUACACUUGUUAAAACUUUUCAAAUAUGUAAAUUCUGGCUAGCAAAUACCGAGAUUAGGAAAACAACGAAA